GUUAUGUCACUGAACAUUGGUCAAGGUGUAUUCAGUAAGCAAAGACCUGAGGGGCUGUAUUUCCUUCAUCGAACACACGCUGCGUUCAUCAUAGUUUGGGACUUUCUAAUCUAAUUGGGAAUCAUGCAGUUGUUAGGCUUACGGAUACGAACGAACUAGAACUUGUUUGGCAGCACAAUGAAUAACGAAUGCCCUGCCGUCUUUGAUGACCAGUACACUAGCUUUGUUGGCGCCAUCAUCAGGUCGCAAACCCAUUACUUUGACGACACAGUGCGUCAGAUUAUAGAAACUUCAAUCAUUCCGAGAGGCGAACCGUUUACAGUUGGCGACUAUGGGAGUCAUGACGGAUCUUCAUCAAAGGAUAUUCUCGAACACCUACUAGGCUCCCUCAAGCAGCACCAUGGAGAGGACCUCCCUGCCCACAUCAUCUACGAAGACACCGCCAAUAAUGACUUCAAUGCCUUGGUUAAGAAGGUUUUCUGUAAUUGGAGAGAGUCACUUAACCACCAAAAGGUCUUUCUGUCCAUGUGCCCCACCAGCUUCUAUGAGCAGUGUGUUCCUGACAACACGUUCCACGUGCUCCUCAGUUUUUGGUCUGUUCACUUCCUGCCAAGUUCUGUAUCGUAUAAAGAUUCGUUGAAUACGUUUCCUGACGGCUCACGUGCUGAAUGCGAUGCUAUGGCGGCUUUGGCGUGCGAUGGAUGGCAACGAUUCCUCCUCAUUAGAGCAAAGGAAAUCAAAAGUGGUGGGUGUAUGUUGCUGAUAGUUCCUGCACAAGAUACAGACAUGAAAUAUGGUGAAAGCAGAGUUCAUUUGCAGAACCUGUGGGUAGCCAUGACGACAGUGUGGAGAUUGUUAAGGGAUCUGCAUCAAGUGACAGAGUGUGAGUACGAGGCAGCCAACUACCCCGGCUACUACAGGAAUGAGGAGGAACUAAGAGCUCCUUUUCGUGACGACGCCUCCCCGGUUGUCAAGGCUGGACUGCGAAUAAAGUCCCUAACACUAACCCACGAAAAAGUCCACAUCUUGACGCAGAGGUGUAAAGACAAAGAGCAAGAAACAGAGGAUAAGGAUGACCUGGAAAGUUCUGUUUCUAAAUUCGUCUCAGCAAUCCGAUCCUGGACGGAAUAUAUGUUCAUGCAGGCUCUUUCCAGUAGAUCCCCCGACUCCAGGCGGGACGUGGUCAACACAUUCUAUGACCUGCUGGUUGAACAUAUUAAGCAGCAAGACAUCUCCACCUGUGGAUGGGAUAACGUUAUAGGCUAUGUCGUCAUCACGAAGAAGUAGAAGAGAAGAAGGGCUAGUUCCCGAUAGCUACUUCCCCAUAUUGAGGUCUGACAGUAACUUGAUUAUUAGAACAAGAACUACUCCACACUAGCACCACCACCCCCACAGUUUGACACCAUACUGUGCCUGCUGACACCAUCCUCCCCAACAGAAGCAACAAAAGCAACACAGUCAGUCUCAUCUUACCCAGCAGCAAACCCCAGUAACGACACUGGUACAUGUCCCCAAAUAUACAGGCCAACAGGAUGCUAAGUUAUCGAAAUAUCUACAAUUCGCACUCCCAAUCCUGUAAAAUUCUGCCCUUCUACCCAGAUGGAGCUGCUAAAGUGUGGUUCAAGGACCUGACUGCGUAUACACAGCUGGACACACAAGCGGCCUUUCAGCAAUGAUUUUGACGUUCAUCAGCCUUCAAUUCGAGUCAUCUCCAUAUGACGCAGACGGAGCAAGAGAACGUUGAAGACUUCAUCACCAGUGUCCAAGCAUCUGCGUUACAAUACAGCUUACCACAAUCUGAGAUAGGGCUACUCCCACAGAUUAGGCUGUGGGUGUAUAUGAAGGAGCCAACGACCUUGGAUGAGGUUCGUCAAGAGGCCCAACUGGCUGUACAAUCGCAGGCCAACACAACGGCCAGCUUGGUCAAACAAAUUAAGCAAUUGACGACCCUCUGCUGUACAAUCAAUACCAACAAUCACAGAAGCAAUACCAACCAUCAUUUGAACAAUACCAAGCAAAACAGCAUCAGUACCAACCACAGCAGCAGUGCCAACCACCACAACCACAAUAGCAGCCUCUGUAGGUAAAAUAUCAACCACCACAGGAACAAUACCAACUAUCACCACAGCAAUACCAGCCACCCCCAUAGGAGUAUCCAGCCCCAGCAACAGUCAAGGGCUGCCAUUUCCACAACACCUUAGAGGCAGAUGUCGCUGAUGUGUUUGACUUUUUUCGGUUUCCUCACAAUUGUCCUCAUAGAAAUAGUCUGUAAUUAUUGCUCACGUACAGGACACAAUGCAAAGAUAUGUAUGCGUGCAUACUAUGCACAAUA